CAAUAGAAAACUUUUACCCAAAAAGAAAAAAGAAAACAAUAGGAAAACUCUUCUUUCUUUCUUUCUUCCAUCUGAAGUUCUUAAAUCUGAACUUUUCCAUUGACCAUUUUCGAGUUACAAAGUAAACCUCUAUAACUUUGACUUGGACGAUCUAGGGUUUUCUUCUUCCUCAGAUCUCAUUUGCAAACACAAUUUGAAUCUCUCAGUUAUUAAAUCCAAAUCCCACUUUCUCAUUUUCACUGAUUCUAACGUAAGUUCUUCUUGCCUUUGCUACCUACAUAUACAUAUAUACAUGUCGUGUAGAUGCAUUUAAUUUUUGAAUAGUAAAUACUAGCAUUUAUAGUAAUGGAUAGUAAUUAUUCGGCUAUUACCAAGGAUUCUUUUGUUGAAUUACAAGUGAAAGAUGACAACUUUACCGAAAAUGGAUAUUUAAAACCAAACUCCCCGGAUGAUCUUGAAGCUGAUGAUAUUGAUUUUGAUAAUUUACCACUUAUUUUUGGUGAAAAUAAAUCUGGGUCUGGUGUAUAUGGGGCAGUAUUUAAUCUCACAACUACUAUUAUUGGUGCUGGGAUUAUGGCUUUGCCUGCUACUAUGAAAGUUUUGGGUUUAGUUCUUGGGGUAGUUUUGAUAUUCUUGAUGGGUAUUUUGUCUGAGAUUAGUGUUGAAUUGCUAGUCCGGUUCUCGGUUCAAUGUAAGGCUUCUUCUUAUGGAGAGGUUGUUCAGGCUGCAUUGGGUAAAACAGCUAAGAUCUUGUCUGAGAUUUGCAUCAUUGUGAAUAAUGCUGGUGUUUUAGUUGUUUACUUGAUUAUAAUUGGGGAUGUUUUGUCCGGUUCAAUUCGGCAUAUUGGGGUUUUCGAUCAAUGGUUAGGUCAUGGAGUGUGGGAUCAUAGGAAGUUAGUGAUUCUGAUCAUAUUGGUGGUUUUUCUUGCACCCCUUUGCGCGAUGGACAAGAUCGAUUCAUUGAGUACAUCUUCAGCUGCUUCUGUAGCUCUAGCGGUUGUCUUUGUUGUGGUUGCUUUCACUAUAGCGUUUAUUAAGCUUGUCGAGGGGAAAAUUGAUGCUCCUAGGAUGACCCCAGAUUUCGGGUCUAAGAAGGCAAUCCUUGACCUGCUUGUAGUGAUCCCUAUAAUGUCAAAUGCAUAUGUUUGUCACUUUAACGUUCAGCCAAUUUAUAAUGAGCUUGAAGGCCGCUCGCCUCGGAAGAUGAACCGUGUGAGCCGAAUUACUGCAGUUAUUUGCGUGUUGGUGUAUGCUUCUACGGCUAUAGCUGGCUAUUUACUUUUUGGAAAAGAUACUGAAUCUGAUAUACUCACCAAUUUCGACAAGGACCUUGGAAUUCGUUUCAGCACAGCAUUGAAUUACAUUGUGCGCGUUGGCUAUGUUUUCCAUCUGAUUCUUGUUUUCCCUGUUAUUCAUUUCUCGCUGAGGCAGACAGUGGACACUUUGUUGUUUGGAGGAUUAGCACCACUCACAGAAAGUAGGAAGAGGUGUCUGGCUUUGACUGCCGUUCUCUUGGCACUCUUAUAUUUUGGAUCGACUAUGAUUCCUAACAUCUGGACUGCUUUCAAAUUUACAGGGGCCACAACUGCAGUCUCUUUAGGCUUUACGUUUCCAUCUCUCAUUGCUCUAAGGCUGAGCAAAGAAGGGAGCGGUUUGAGUGUGAGGGAAAAGAUUGUGUCUUGGUUCAUGUUGAUAUUGGCCAUUAUAGUUAGCAUUGUUGGAGUGUGUGGCAAUAUUUAUAGUAUCAGUAGCCAGGGUGAUUGAGGCUUCUUCUUUUUCAUAUAGUGGAAAGACCUCUUGCAUUAUCGAUCCAAGUGAGGAUAAGUCAAAACUGUCAUUUUGUUGAAGGAAAGUCCUGAGAUAUACUUCCAUUUAAAAAAUCAUUUGAGCUUUACCAGUCCAUGUAGAAUAGCAAGAGAUUGCCAUAGCUGUUGAAGAUUGCAUAUAAUAGUGAUCGCAGAUUCACGGAGAAGUGUUAGUUAUUGAGAGUUACAAGGACUAUGACAGCUGGUAAAGACUACAUUCUUUUUAUUUGUUUGUAAUUGUUAAAGUGGCCCCGCUACAUAUUCAUAGACUUCUCUCCCUGCCAUACAGAGCUUACUAUACCAUGUACAAUAAACUGAUCUUAUGAAUACAAUAAUUGAGUGUCAUUCUUAUAACUACCA